AUGAGUGAUAUUGAUUAUCCUCAAUUGUUAGAUUAUUAUAAAAUCGCCUAUGCCAUGCCCAAUCUCAUAUCUUACCACGAUGCCAGAUUGUCACAAUAUUUUCUUUCUUCCGUAGCAGCAAUGGCUGAACUUCAAGCCUAUAUACCGGACAAAGUCAGUAUCUUUUUAUACAUUCAUUUACUCUGCCUCCUCAUCCAAACCACCGAGCAUCAACAUUACAUCAAGACCAGCAUUUUUUUUGCAUACAUCCGAUGGUAUAAUUCGACAAAUGACAAUGAACACAGAGAUGAAGGUAUUGCAAUCUGCUUGCCAGAAUUCUCUGCUGAUAAUUAUCACAGCAUCUUGCCUGUACAUCGCAUACACUUAGAGGUCGCAACUGCUGUAGAUGUAACUGAUAUGAACGAAGAAAGAAUGCUGGUCAUUCCUAUGCCAAAAAAAUACUAUGCCUGA